AAUCUCAUUAUUAUUAUUAUUAUCGCAUUUCAGUAAAACACGCGUUUCUCUCAACCCUUUUUUUUUUUUUUUUCUCUCUGCCAUAAUUGCGAUUUAUCGUCUACAAAGAAGAAAGCGCUUUUCGAUCACCGACGACGACGGCGACUGCGAUUCCGAUGGAAGUUGGUCGGAAAAUGGUGCCGGCGGAGGAGCGCGGCCUGAACCUGAAAGCAACGGAGCUUUGCCUCGGCCUGCCGGGCGGCGGCGGCGGCGGCGGCGGAGGAGGAGGAGGGAAUACCGAUACUGACCCUACGUUCAAAAUCACCGGCGGGAAAAGAGGCUUCUCCGAGACCGUUGAUCUGAAGCUCAACCUUCAAUCCAACGGCUCCGCUCGUUUAGAUCUGACGGACGACGUUAAAUCAUCGUCUAAAGAGACGGCUGAGAUUCCUCUAAAGGAUCCCGUCAAACCCCCCGCCAAGGCACAAGUGGUGGGAUGGCCGCCGGUGAGAUCGUUCCGGAAGAACAUAAUGGCUAAUCAGAAGAGCGGCGGCGGCGGCGGAAGUGGUGGCGGAGAGGAGGCGGCGGGAGGCGGCGCCGCCACAUUUGUGAAGGUGUCGAUGGACGGAGCGCCGUACCUCCGUAAAGUGGACUUGAAGAUGUACAAAAGCUACCAGGAACUUUCCGAUGCGUUGGCCAAAAUGUUCAGUUCCUUCACCAUAGGUGGGAAUUAUGGAGGGGAAGGAAUGAUAGAUUUCAUGAAGGAGAGGAAAGUGAUGGAUGUUUUGAACAGUUCUGAAUAUGUUCCUUCUUAUGAGGAUAAAGAUGGAGACUGGAUGCUCGUUGGAGAUGUUCCUUGGGAGAUGUUUGUUGAAUCAUGCAAGCGUCUCCGAAUAAUGAAGGGAUCUGAAGCAAUUGGGCUCGCGCCAAGAGCAAUGGAGAAAUGCAAGAGCAGAAGCUGAAAGAAGGAAGAAAUAAAUAAAUAAAAUAUAUAUAUAUAUAUAUUAAAAGUAUAAUUAAUAAUUAAUUAAUUAACCAUGUGAAGAAGAACAGUGGUUUGUUGGUUUGGUUCAGAAUUUGGAAGAUAAUGAUGACGAUGAAGACGAUGAAGAUGAUGAUGAUGAUGAUGUUUCCAUGUGCCCCACUAUUUGUUUUUCUUUUUUUAAUUUUGUAAUUUUAUAUAUUUGUUUCUUUUUAAUUUUCUGGGUUUCAUCUCACGACUUUGUCUGUAAUUUUAUUAUUAUUAUUAUUAUUUAUUAUUAUUAUUUUAGUAUAAAGAUAUGGACAUUAUCUUCUGUGUAUUGGACAAGAAGUAUAAAUGCACUCAUAUGUGUUGUCUGCUUUUA